AUGGAAUUUAUAGACUAUCAAGACUUUAGCGUUGCAGACACCAUUGCUUCUGAGUUACCUGCAAACGAUGCGUUGCCAGAACCUAUGCAACGGCUCAAUCUUUCAACGUACAUAGGAAAUCAAUCAACACCCCCAAUGGAUACUAAUUUUAAGCUUCCCGAUAUAAUAGCGUCAGAUUCUAAAUUUACAAAUGUUACCUUAUAUGAUAAGAUGAGCCAAUAUGCUGCCAUAUCUAUCAAGGCCUUGAACUCUAACGAUAAUGAAACUAAGACUUUACAAGAGUUAGAUAAUGAUAAUUUAGCAAAAAUACCAUCCACAAAGAAUCAUGAUAGUAACAAAAUUGCACGCGAUCUGAAUAAUAUGGUAAGUGGAUCAUCAAUUGAUCUUAAGAGUCUUGAUACAAAAAAUUUAGUUUUAUCAAAAAAACUUUCAAAGAUCUUAAACGAUUAUAGUUCUAGCAAUUAUAAUCGUACUAUAGAGUUGAAGAGAAACCUGAAAUUCCUUGAAGAAAAUAAAAAUAAUAUAUCGCUAGAUAGAGAGAAAUUAAUCAGCCCUGAGUAUACCGGUACUCUGAGUAGAAAGACACUAAGAAGUGAUAUCGAAAAUGAGGUACUAAAAGAACAUAUUAAAGUCCUUGAAGAAUUCAGGCCUAUCAUUAGGAGAAUGAAAAGAUUUUCGGGACCGUUGGAGAAAAUCAGGGAUGAAGCUACCUUCAUACUUUCGGAAACUCAAGAUCAUUCUAAAGAGAAAGGCAAAAAUACCAGACUACUGAAUACAAUUGAUUCUCUUAGAAAUGAUAUGGAAUUUAUUAGACUAAAAAAGCAAUUAUUCUUAGCCAUAAAAGAAAAAUUUACUUUGAAUCAAGUUGAGGACGAUAUUAUUAUUAACGGGAAGAUAAAUAACGAAUACUUUGAUGUUUUGAAUAAAGUAAUCAAAAUAAAUGAACAUGCCACAUAUCUUCUUGCGUUACCAAAGGACAAUGCUGGUUCUGCAUUGAUCAACAAAGUAAAUAAAUACAAUGAAAUAAUAAGUAAGAAAUUUUUCAAUUACCUUAUGGAUUUCAUUUACAAUUUUGAAUCUAAUGAACCAAGUGCGUUUGACAGGCAAUAUGAAAAUAUUUAUGACACUAAGACUUUCCAAAGAGCGUUGGUUUAUCUAUCAAACGAUUUAGAAUAUUUUCAAGAAUUUGUUAGCAAAGUCACAUCAGCCAGGUCAAAGAGUUUCCUGGAUAAAUUUUUAUCUCAAUUUGACAUAAAUAAGAAGAAAAACAGUGAUAUCAAACCCAUUGUACUUUCUGCACAUGACCCUAUCCGUUAUAUUAGUGAUGUUCUAGCAUCUGUACAUUCCCUUAUUGCCAAUGAAGCAGAUUUUGUCAAAUCCUUAUUUAAAUUCCAAUAUGAAGAAUUUGAAAAUACACCGAAAUCGAUUUUACAAGAAAACCAGGCAGAAUUUUUAAAAGGCUUAGAUGUUAAACUAUUAAAUGAAAUUGUUCAAUCCAUAUCAAAUACAUGUAGAAUUAGAAUUGAGCAAAUCAUUAGAUUUGAAGAAAGUGAUGCAGUUAAUUUUGAGAUUGUUCAAUUACUGGAGCUAUACCAUCUAAUGUUUGUCAAGAAAGGCAUCGUUAAAGAGAAUGAAUUGAUAAAAAAUAUUGAUUCGUUGAAAAAGACCUCAAAUAAGAAAAUUAAAGUAUGUUUUACAAAGUUCCUUACGGAAAAUAUUAAACCGAUUCAAUAUGGUGAGAAUUCAGAUUUGUUGCAACCUGAUUGGCUAUCAGAAUAUCUCAACAAAUUGGUUGAAUUCUUCGAACUUUAUGAAAGAAGGAAAGGUCCAUCCUCCUUUGAAUCUGAUGGUGAUGGCGAAACCAGUUCUGAUGAAGAAAAUACAACACUUGACCAGGAAAUGUUGGUUACCAUUGCAAAAGAUCCCUUCUCAGUGACAUUGGUAAAACAAUUAAACGAUGCAUUCCCUCAAGCUAGGAAAAAUGAGCAUAUUAAACUUUCUUUACUGACAGUAGAAAUUAAUUGUUUUGAUUUGAUAAAAACUAGACUACAACCGUUCAAAAAUACGAUCUUGAGACCACACAACGGUGAAGAAUCAAUCUUUGAUCUUGUAAACACUAAAUUAAAAGACUUAGUGUCUCAAAUGAAAGAGGUGCAAUCUAAAUUUCUGUUCGAGAGUACAGGACUUGGAAUGUACAACAAUUUAUUUAAUAUGAUAUUUCCAAUCGAUUCUAUUCAAGAUGAGUUAGAUUAUGAUAUGUAUCUAUCAUUGAAUGAGAAUCCAUUAAUGAAUUUAGAUACAAUUAAUGAAAAUGUUCACCACAAAUUAAACGAAUACUUACCUCAAGCUAUGACAGAUAUUCAAGAGAAAUUAUUGUUUAAAUUAACAUCACCUUCUAUUGCUGAUGAAAUUAGUGAAAAUUGCUUUGAAAAACUAUCUAAAUUUUAUGGUAUCUUCCAGAGGAUUCUAAUCCAUUUAAAUCCGGAUGAUGAACAACGUGUUCUUGAAAUUUUAAAUUUUUCACCAAUUGAAUUCCAUACUCUACUAGGUCUCGAAUAA